AUGGGAAAGUCACAGCCGCAAGUUAAAAAAGAAAAGAAACCGAAGACGCCGAAGGACAUAAAGAAGGAACUAGAAGCAAAAUUGUUUGGUGAAAAGGAUAAGAAGAAAAAGAAGGAAAUCCAAGGACAGAUCAAGAAAAUAGACAUGGAAAUAGAGGCCGAAAACAAAAAGAGGAAAGAUGUUGAAAUAGCCAAGAAAGUCACAAUUAGGCAGCUGAUACCAGUUGGAGUAGAUCCUAAAACAGUAUUCUGCUUGAAUUUUAAGAACAAAAACUGUAAUUUGGGUGAGAAAUGCCAGUUCUCGCAUAUUGCGCCCAAAAAAGAAGAUCAACUUGAUGAUAAACAGGAUACUGGCCCAAAAUUGGUUUGUAAGUUCCUGAUUGAUGCUCUAAACAACAGAGAAUUCUCAUCCGAAUGGGUUUGUCCGCUCCCAAAGUGCAAGGAUCUCCACAAGAUGACAGAAAUGUCAGAAAAUACCGAAAUUGAAUUGAGCCUGGAAGAGUUCUUAGAAUUACAGCGUCAAACAAUUGAUGCAGCCAAAUCUACACCAGUUACGGAAGAAACAUUCAAGAUAUGGAAGGAAAAGAAGAGGAAAGAGGAAGAAUUGCAUGCUAAACGACUUGCUGCACUCUCUACUGCACCUAAGGGCGUAGAUCUGUUCAAAUUCCAGCCUGAUAUAUUUGAAGAUGAUGAAGCAGAUGGUGAUGAUAUCGACUACCAUGCUCGAGAAGAAGUUGAAUCAGAUCAAGAAGAAUAA